AUGCUAGCGGCCGCCACAGGUGUAUACCCCGAGCUUAUACCUAAGCCCGCUACGACCCCUAAGGUCGCCGCUAGUGAGGAGGUUCCCUCGCCCCUAUCGUUAGUUACGUCUUCUCCCGAGAAGUUUAUAACUCCUAAGGGAACUCCGGCUCUAGAGGAGUCUCCACUCCGCCGUCUAUUACGUCGUAGUAGCUAA